AUGCAGAAGUGCCGCGCCAUCCAGGGCGCCUGGAGCUCGCGGGCAGCCAUCACCACCCCACUGCCAUCAGCUAGAGCUCAACCUCACAUCCAGCGCCGAAAUUUACAAGAUGUCUACAUCACUCGAACCGGGACGCCAAUUCUUAAGGUUCAGGGUGGACGCUCGUCCCUCGGAGGACAUACCGCAACGGUCUUCGGUGCUACGGGUUUCUUGGGUCGUUAUAUUGUGAACAGACUUGCGAGCCAAGGAUGUACUGUGAUCGUCCCUUACCGAGAGGAAAUGGCAAAGCGCCACUUGAAGGUUACCGGCGAUUUAGGAAGAGUUGUCUUCAUGGAGUACGAUCUUCGAAACACGGAAUCAAUUGAGGAGAGCGUGCGCCAUUCGGAUGUCGUUUAUAACCUUGUGGGCAGAAAAUAUCCGACAAAGAACUUCUCCUACGAGGAUGUCCACGUCGACGGCUUAGCCAGGAUUGCGGAAGCUACUGCCAAAUAUGACGUUGACCGUUUCAUCCACGUUUCUUCCUACAAUGCCGAUGUGUCUUCUCCUUCUGAGUUCUUCCGAACUAAGGCUCACGGCGAGAGGAUAGCUAGAGACAUAUUCCCGGAAACAACCAUCGUCAGACCGGCGCCGAUGUUUGGGUUCGAGGAUAACUUGCUUCACAAGCUAGCCGGCAUAACCAACUUGUUUACUUCUAAUCAUAUGCAGGAGAGAUAUUGGCCAGUCCAUGCUAUUGACGUUGGCUAUGCUCUUGAGAAAAUGCUGUUCACCGAUGCAUCCGUGGCGCAGACAUACGAGUUGUACGGACCAAAGAACUACUCGACCGCCGAGAUUGCCGAGCUUGUCGACCGUGAAAUCAUCAAGAAGCGCAGACAUCUCAACGUACCCAAACGCAUCAUGAAACCAGCGGCCUACUGGGCCAACAAACUCAUCUGGUGGCCGACAAUAUCCGCAGAUGAGGUUGAGAUGGAGUUCAUCGACCAGAAGAUCGACCCAUCUGCCCUAACUUUCAAAGAUCUGGGCAUUGAACCUGCUGAAAUCAGUAAUCUGACCUUCCAUUACUUGCGAGGUUACCGAAGUUCCCAGUACGCCGAUCUCCCUCCAGCUACAGAGCGAGAGAGAAUGGAAGACAAGAAAUAUGUGCACGUCCUCGAUGACCAGUAG